AUUAGUAAAGAAAAAAUUCAGAGCAUUAGAAAGAAGAAACUUCAGGAUCAAAAUUCAAACUUAUCUUCUAUUAAUAAAGACCAAACUAGAGAAGACACAUAUAUUUCAAAUCGGAAAUCUUCUUCUAUUGUUCAGGCUAAGGAAAACGAAGGGAAUAAUGAGUUAAACAACAUCGAAACGACGCCACCACCAGAAGAAGAUCCAGAAGAACUUAAGCUAGGAUUAGACGAAGUAAAGAUCUUCUAUUUACGAGCCAUGUUCGUUUUCGGUUUAACUAAAUCCCUCAAACGCUUGCCUACCGGCGGUGGCUGUAUUUCAAAUAGACCGAGUAACGGUUGUGUUGCUCAUUAUAAUACAAAAGCUAAUGAUAUCUUUUUUAACCGGAAGCGAGAACUUGUCAAAUUCACAAACGCAUUCAGUUCUGAUCCGGAACUUCAUGUUGUUCUAGGGCCUCCUAGUACUGGAAAAACUGCCUUGGUCCGUGAGGUAACGAGUAAAGGCAAUUUUAAACCUUUUUUUAUCGACUGCCGUAUAGGACAGUUUGAUUCCCCAAUGGCUGUACAUAAUUCUAUUUCCAUGCAAUUCAAACCAUUCUUCGAUGAACGAAAGGAACUCCUGAAAAAAAUAUUGCCAGAAACGGAGACCAAGCUAUUUGGUGAGAAAGAAAAGGAAGAAUUUAUUACUAAUAGUUUUAGUGAGUUGCUUGGUAAAAUUGCUCGUGCCCUUCCGAUUUGGAACUUUUGGAAUGAUUACAAUGUACCACCACCCAUCUUGAUCAUUGAUGAAGCAAACUUGCUUAGCCAACUUGGUAGUAGUUCGAGGGAAGGGGCAGUUCUUCUUAAAUCAUUUCUUAACUGGCUUGUGGCGAAUACUAAACAAGAAAAACGCUUCCAUGCUGUGCUUACCUCUUCUGACUCAUUCUUUUUUAACUGGAUCGUAAAUCUUUUGCAUAUCUCACAUGCAACCCCAUAUGUUGUUGGAGAUUUGAGUAAGGAAGAAGCCGAAGAAUAUUUUGAAAAGCAUGUUAUUUCUCGAUAUGAUAGCAAAUUUUCAGUUUACCGAUCAGAAUAUAAUAAGUUGGAACGUGGCCUCUAUUAUAAGGGAUUGAGAUAUUCAGAUAAGCCUAAUCCAGCACUUUGGAAGGACUAUGAUUUAAUCAAAACCAUGAAAGCAAUAGUGAAGGCAGAGAAUCAGGGAUACAUUUUAGAAGUUGACUUGAUUAAAGAAAUUGGUUCUGAAAAAGUUGAUUCACUUGUAGAUUAUAAUUUUUUACACCGUCGAUCAACUACACAAUUUGCCAAUGACAUCACUGACCCACCGGAUGAAAAUAUUUUGACUGCAAUGAAUCAGCCAUCAGUGCGUGCAAUGAAACAUCUCCUAUCUAACGUUUCGCCAAGCAAAAAAUAA